AACUCUUUCCUUUCUGCCACCAACCUUGCAAGAAUCCUUUAGAGAAGAAAACCAGGGAUGCAACGAACAAAACCAAACCAAAAAUGCCACUCCAAAUCAUUCCAACCCUUGAUCUGGGUUGAUGCCCCAAGCCUUGCAAAUCCAAUCCUAGAAGAGAAAAUAUUGAAAUAUUUUUGUUUUCAGCAGCAAAAGGAGGAGGCAAAGGGGUUGGAUGGGUUAAACUGAUAGAGAGCUGCAUUGCCCAGAGAGGAUCUGAAACUUGAGCUAAGAGGAGGCUCUUAAUACCCAAGGCCCUUUUUUCCCCCAGAGGUGAAGGAGAGAGAGAAAGAAAGAAAAAAAAGAAAGAGGAUUUAGAGUUCAUUUUCUUUUCCUUUUGCAUGCAAGAGAAGCUUUGCAGUUGCAGAAGCAAGCAAUGUGCAGGAGGAUGCAUGGCAGAAGGCCAUUGACGUUGGUUUUGAAAGAUUCCAUGUGUUUCUGAGGUGAAGACUUUUGAACAGCCAUUUCUACAGACUAAAAAUCAAAGCCUCCCCAAACCCUUUUAUUCGUGGAGAGAGAGAAAGAAAGAGAAAGGAAAAGGAAACAUAACGAGACGGUGAUAUUGAGGCAGUCCCAGAAUGGCCACCAAACGUGGAGCAGCCCCAAGACUCCAUUUCCAGGGUGCGUUGGAGCAGGUGGCUCGGCGGGGGACGAAAAUGGAAGAAGAGGAGGAAGAAGCUGAAAACCCUGAACCGGAAGACAGGUGGCGAGGGAAAGGACAGGCCUCUCGUGGGGGGCACCGAGAAAAAGAUGGAAGGCUGCCCCGAGCCCGGAUGUCUCAAAAAAGAGAGCUCCUCAACACGACUCGCUCUCCUCGCUCGGGGUGGAGGAACCCACCGGUCUCGCGCUCGGCUGAGUGGGAAGAGCGGCAGACGUUUUCGCCUUCCUCCGAGAGGCCAGCGGUGGCCCGCCAGUGGUCAAGGGGCGGACGGGCCGCCCGGCAUCCCCUGAGCCAUGGCCGUGGAGAAGUCGCAGAGGUUCACCACAUCCUGGACUCCGGGGAGAUUAGCGAGUCAGGGAUUUUGAAAGUGAAGGAGGAGGUCGUGGGGGACGACUCCGCCAGCCGGGAGAUGAAGCGGCAGCGUUUCCGGCAGUUUCGCUACCAGGAGGCCGAAGGUCCCCGCGAGGUGUGCAGCCAACUCUGGUACCUUUGCCACCGGUGGCUGAAGCCCGAGAGGCACACGAAGGAGCAGAUCCUGGAGCUGCUGAUCCUGGAGCAGUUCCUGGCCAUCUUGCCGCCGGAGAUCCAGAGCUGGGUGAAGGAACAUGAGCCAGAGAGCUGCUCCCAGGCGGCUGCUUUGGCUGAGGAUUUCCUACAGAUGCAGCAGGAAGCCGAAAGGAGGGAACAGCAGGUGCUGGGGCUCUUUGAAAUGGACAACGCGGAUUCUCCUGAAGCUGAGGCUGAGCAACCUCCAUCGGGUGCUGUGCCAAAACAAUUAUUCAGGGAAGCCAAACAAGAGGCUGAUGAGGAAGAGGCCAGCAAUUUGGAAAUAGAUGUUUGGAUGAGCGAGAAGGAGGAGAAAUAUCAUCCCCUGAGGCCUGAGGAAAUGGAUCCACCAGAGAUAUGGUUUAGAAGAGAGAUCCAGGAUCCAGGUUCCAGAAGUUAUAAUGGGGGAGAAGCCUCACAGGAGCACCAAGGAAGCCAACCCUUCCUUGUUGUGGAUGUGAAUGAGGACAAGACCCCCCAAAACAAUCAAAUAAUAAACAUGGAUUCAAAGGAAAGGAUUUGUCAAAACCCAUAUGUGGGAAAGAAUCCAUAUACAUGUUCAGACUGUGGGAAAGCCUUCACUGUGAGAUCCAGGCUUCUGGCACACUCGAGAACUCACGAAGAAAACAAAAUGUACCAAUGCACAAACUGUGAGAAGAGUUUUAAUAAGAAAUCAUGUCUCAGUAACCACCAGAGAAUCCACACUGGAGACAAGACAUUUACCUGCUUUGAAUGCGGGAAGUCAUUUCAGGUGAGUUCACUCCUUAUCCUCCAUCAGAGGAUCCACACUGGGGAGAAACCGUAUGUGUGUUCAGAUUGUGGGAAAACUUUCCGGUUGAAAUCGAGCCUCAAUGUUCACGCGAGAACUCACACAGGGGAAAAGCCGUACAAGUGCUCACAUUGCGGAAGACGCUUCAGCGUCAGAUCAAGCCUCGUGGCCCAUGAGAGGAUACACACUGGAGAGAAGCCCUACAAAUGUUCAGAGUGUGGCAAAAACUUCCGUCGGAGUUCAGAACUUUUUGUUCACCAGAGUAGACAUGCAGGUGAAAAACCAUACCAGUGUUCUGUCUGUGGGAUGCAUUUUGGUGAAACAUCAAAGCUCAUUACACAUUACAGAAUCCACACAGGUGAGAAACCAUAUACAUGUUCCGAAUGUGGGAAGAGCUUCAGCCAGAGCUCGUACCUUAAUAAUCAUCAUAGAAUUCACACUGGUGAGAGGCCCUAUGCGUGCUCUGAAUGUGGCAAAACUUUCCGAGUGAGCUCCUGCUUUAAGAAACACCAGAGAAUCCAUACAGGAGAGAAACCUUUCCAGUGCCCGGUAUGUGGGAAAAGCUUUAGCGUAAGCUCACGCCUCCAUGCUCACCUGAGAACCCAUAGAGGAGAAAAACCCCACAAGUGUUCACUCUGUGAAAAAGCAUUCGGUACUCGGUCAAACCUCAGCAGACAUCAGAGAAUCCAUACCGGAGAGAAACCAUAUGAAUGUUCAAUCUGUGGCCAAAAAUUCCGUGGGAGCUCCGGCCUCUUAGCACAUGAGAGAACCCACACAGGAGAAAAGCCGUACAAAUGCCUGGACUGUGGAAAGGGCUUUUGCCAGAGCUCCGAUCUUACUACUCAUCAGAGAGUUCACACUGGGGAGAAGCCCUAUAAAUGCUUUGUGUGCGGAAAAAGCUUCAGCCAGAGCUCCAAUCUGACAUGCCACCAGAAAAGCCAUGUUGGUGGAAGUGGCUAGAGCAGGAAUGGUCAACUGCUGGAGGUUAGGGGGCCACACUGUGUCCCCAGGAGACCUUGGAAGGCCAUCACCAUAUCCCCUAAAUAAAUAAAUACAUAAAUAAAAUUGCUUUCAAACUGGAGCAUGUUCAAAGGAGAGCGAUCAAAAUAGUUUAGAAACCAUGGCUUAUGAGGAGAGACUUAGGGAGCUG